UGAUUUUGAUAUCUUCUAAUAUUGAUAGUAAUAUCUAAUAUAAUAUAUUAUUAUAAACAUAUAUUGUUAUAAUUUUUAUAAGUAAUAUAUUUCUAAUGUUAUAAAAAAGGAAAAAUUUCGAAUCAUUAAAGAAAAAAAUGUUAUAAGAACUUUUUAAAAAAAUUCUAAGAUAUAAGAAAGGAUAUUUCUAUGAUAAAGAUAUGCAACAAUUAGCAAUGCAUGAAGCAAUCAAACCAUUAGCUUGGUUGAAAGGUAUAUGGAAAACUAGAGAGAAUUGUCCUGGAGCUGGUAAAUUUCCAACAAUUACACCUUUUGAAUAUCAUGAAGAAAUGAAUUGGCAUUCUAUUGGUCAACCAAUGUUAAAUUAUGUUGCAAAAAGUUGGGAUGCUAAGACAAAAAAACCAUUACAUUAUGAAAUGGGUUUUUUAAAAAUAAUACCUGGUACAAAUAAAGUACAUUUAAUUUUAUCUCAUAAUUUUGGAAUAACAACAAUAGAAGAAGGAAUAUUUGAAAAUGAAAUUAUUAAAUUAAAAUCAACUAAUAUAAGACGACCAACAAAAGGGGCAAAUUCACCUAAAGUAACUGAGAUUCAAAGAGAAUUUAAACUUAUUGGAGAUUGUCUACAACAUACAUUAUAUAUGGCUACAGAAAAAACACCAGAAUUACAUGAACAUUUGUGUGCAGUCUAUAUUAGAAAAUGUGACGAUGUUUAAUAAAAUGUAAUAAAAUGUAAUAAAAUGUAAAAAUGUAAAAUGUAAAAAAAUAAUAUUUAAAAUGUUUUUAUUAUUAUAUAGUUCCAAUAAAUUUUUAAUAAAAUAAUUUUUAUAAAAAAAUCAGAAAAAUAUAAAAUAUAUUACA